GCACAAGUGCACAGACUUGCUGGGAUUUGAUCCCCCCGGCUGUCUCGAGAGUAGUGGAGGUUUAUUUCAACCUUGUGACAAUAAUGUUUAGGUAUUUUAGAAAGCUUUAAAUAAGACAAGUAGACAAAAACGAUCGUUAAGCAAAACGGAGAUUCCAUUUUCUGAAGAAUAUUAGCUGGCACAGCUCCUAAGAUAUGAGGUCCACCUGCCUGAUCCUCCUUGCUUUUCUCACUGCUUGCAAUCUGACUGUCAAUGUGGGCCAGCACGUUGCACAGGAAGAAGACCCCGCCGAGCGAGUACCUAUGGAUGAAAUUCUGCAGAGAGCCGAGAACCUCAUCAUUCGAUCCAUUCUCAGGAAAAUAGAAGAUGACAGUGCUAAUGAACAGGAAUUGCUUGCAAAGAGGCAACAUCCUGGCAAAAGGUUCCAAGAUACAUUUGAAAAAAGGCAACAUCCAGGAAAGAGAGAUGAAGAAGAAAAUGAGGAUGACCUAACAUAUAUGGAUUUCCCAAAAAGGCCGCAUCCUUUAAAGAAGGAGGAGGAAGAGGAGGAUUACUCGGAAUUUCAAAAGCGACAGCAUCCAGGCAAGCGUGAUGAGGAGGCUGACACCUCCAUGGACCUGCAGAAGAGACAGCACCCAGGCAGACGUGCCCUGUGGGAGCAGUACUCUGAUAUACCCGGCACCCAAGCAGCUUACCUGCAUGAGCUCUCGAGACGACAGCACCCUGGCAGGAGAUUUGUAGGGUUUGUUAAGAGACAACACCCCGGUAAGAGGAGUCUGGACCGUGAGGAUCAGGAUGUUAGCGAACUUCAAGAUGUGGACAAGCGUCAGCACCCUGGAAAGCGCACCAUGGACUUAGACAGCCCAGAUUACAACAGCAGCCCACCCUGUGAUAUCCAAGAACUGACUGGCUGCAGUAAAGCUAGUUUACUGCUUGAGUUGCUAGAUAAUGUGAACAAGAGCAGGGGUGAAGAGAAAAGGCAACACCCUGGACGAAGGUUUGUUUUUGAUGCUGACUUGGCCGAACAAGAAUAAGGCUAGAUUGAUGUAAAUUUACAAAAAUUAUUAUUUACUUUUUUAUUUAUUUCUUCAUUGCAUCAUUUGUUAUUAGUUUAUUGGUUUUUUUUUUUAUUUCCCCUCAGCAGCAAGUCUUCUCCAGUAAUUCUUAUUUCACUGACAAGUAAACCUCACCAACUUGAGAAGUGGGGAAUUGGAUACGCUAGCUAUAGACAGGAUGUUACCCACAUCCUUUGGUUUUAUUUUUUAGAUAAUGAAUAAUAAUUUAAGAAGGUGUAGAGCCGCAGCACUCUAGGAGUCUGGCUUUGAACCCCAGCCUAGUAAUUGUCUGUGUGGAAUUUGCACAUUUGUGUCAAAAUGGAUAUUUUCCUUUUUUUUUUUUUCUUCUGCAUCCCAAGUGCAUGUUAGGUUAACUGGCAGCUCCAAAUUAACUCACUAUGGGGGAGUGAAGCCUGUGAUGGACUACAGCGCCAUCCAAAUUUAGCUCAGACUGGAUAUAUUUUGAAAUUGAUCAUUUCAAAUUGUAUAGCUUUAAACAACACUUUUAUGACAAGUUCCUAUUCUCCUUGAAUAUGGAAAAAUGUGUAGUGCUGUUACCUGCCAUAUGUUAACUAGGUUUAUUUACAGUAUUCUCAUCUCUACUGCCUCCAUUAGUCAACAUCUUUGGUCAGGGAAUAUACCUGUGGUAGAAGUGAAAGGAAUGACCUUCAUUGUAUUCUUAGUUGGACUAAAGGCAUACAUUAAGGAAAUCAGAGCUGAAUGAAAUACCAAUACAGUAUAUACAGAGAAAAUAAACAUCCAUGGCUGACUAAAAUGAAAUCAAAGAUAUAUAGUAUCCAAAUAUUUUAGGGUCGAGAUCUUAAAUCUUCAUAUACUUUACAGUGCCCUGUUAAUGUAUUCAGACACCAUAAAAAGGUUGCUGGAUUCCAAACGAUAUCUUACAUAUUCUGUUCUAUUCCUUUUUUAAUUGCAAACCCACAUGCUUGAGAAGAAAUUUUAAAUAGACAAAAUGACUCAUUAGAUGUUUUUUGAUAUCCGUUAGAUAUGGUAGAAAAACAUCAGAGACAUCAUAGACACUGAUCUCAGAAGAAGAAAGACAUCUUUUGCCACCUUGUCAGUUUUAGGUCUUUUGGGAUUGGGGUCUACCAGCUUUGCACACUGGUCACAAGUGAUUUUUGCCAAUUACUCUUGGCACAUUUGCAAAAUGUUUAUUCAAAGUUCUAGGACUGUACUCAUGGGAAUCCAUUUUGAAGUUGUGCCAGUUCUUUUCAAAGAGGUUCAGAGUUUAACUGAACAACUCAAGGACAUUUACCUUUUAAUUUGCCCUGUUGUUUUCCAUUCUUUGAAGUCAUGUCAUGCUGAAAGGCACAUUUUCUUCUAAGUAUACGUUUUUUCGUAGAUUGUAUAUGUAACAAGCCCCUGGUGUCACUUAAUCUACUUUUCUUUCAAACUUGCCUAAAACAUAAACAUCAAGAGCAAUCAGGUAUGAAUGGCAAGUGAGAAAUGAUGAAGAAUGUCUAUUUGAAAAAAAAUAGAAGAAAUAUGAAUAUGGACAAAAUGACUGCUGAGACACACAGGAACCAUGAUGGUGCAAAGCAGAUGUAGAAAUGUUAGUUGAGAAAAAAAAUAGUGGCAGAAAGUGACAGGGCGAUCAAUAAAGAAGCAAGAAGAAAUAAUGGAGAAGCAGUUGUGAGAGUGCAAGAAGUCAACAGACAAGAGUUUGUAAGUGAGCUGCAUACUAUAGAAGGAAUGAGAAAUACACUCAGGAUUACAAAGGAGACUCCAAAUGAAAGACAGGAUGGAGUAGGUGUGAAUUGCUUGAAAAAGCUAAAGGGAACAUCAUGAUUACUACUGGUACAUGUUUAGAAUGCAUAGAGAAGAUGCUGAAUGAGAUGAAAGAAUGGGACAAUGAUGUUCAUUGUGAGAAGGACCAAGUUGUUUCUUUUCAAAUGAGGAGACAGCAAAAGUACUAAAAAAGAUGAAGACUGGUAAAGCAGCUGGUCUAACUGAUUUGGUGUUGGUAAUGUUAAAGGCUAUGGAAGGUCCUGGAAUUGCUUGGAUGAUAGACCUGAGCAUGAUUAUUCUGUGGGUUUCAGAAAAUAGGAAAGGAAGUGUCUUCAUUCCAGCAUACAAAGGAGAGGAUAUCUCAUUGAAUUGUGUGUCAUAUUGAGUAACCAGGUCUUUGGAGAAGUUACCAAAGGUGGCUGUGUGAAGUGCUAGAGACGAGACUCAGGGAAAAAGGUCAAAGUUAAUUAAAUGUAGUUUGGGUUCAUGCCUGAGAAGAGUAUGACAAAUGUGAAACUUGUCAGCAAGUGCAGGAAAAUAAUACGUUCUGCACUUGUACACCUGGAGAAAGCUUUUGACAGGGUGCCAUGAGAGUCUGACAUAGAUGAAUGAUUAGUAUGUGCAAUCAUGUCAAUGUAAGAAGAAACAUGAAUGAUAGCAAAGACGAAGGGGAGUACAUUUUGGAAGGGAUGGGCGAAUGUGGGUGUGGCAUAUAGAGUACAGGUGUUGGGAGAAACUCCAACCAAUGUAUGGGUUGUAAGACAUGGAUACAUGCAAGAUGCAUUGGCAUGGAGGCCACUCUGUGAUAUUUUUUGCAAAACUUAUGUGAGGAGGUACAGAAUGCUGAUGGACUAAGAGUAAAUUUAGAUACUGGCAAUGGAGAUGUUUUGGAGAAAGUGGGAACGUUCUGCUACUUAGGUGUCAUGUUAAGUGCUGAUAGAGGUGCAGAAAGAGUGGUAAAAGUUUAGGUCCCAUCUUUUUGACUAUUAAAGGACCCUCUCUGACACUGAAAAGAAACAUUUUAUGAAAGCUGUGAGGGGAGUAGUAUGCUCAGUAGGAGUGAGACAAAGCAGAUAAAUGUGGACCAUAAAGUAAACCUGGAACAUCAGAGACAAGAAUGAUCAGAUGAUGUUACAGUGUGAGAGGAAGAUGAAUAUUGACUUAAGAGAAAGGCAAAAGGUGUGGUGCUGAGAAGAAAUGAACUAAGGUAUAACAAAAGGCAGAGUAAAGAGGUGCACUGAGAUGGAGGUAGAGGCACAGAGGGAGGCCAAAAAGGAGGAGGAUAAAGGUGGUUUUUGGAUGAUAUAAAAAUAUAUAUUUAUCCCCAAAGGAUGGCAAGGAUUGCAAAGAGUGAAGGAUAAAGAUUUGGGAAUCAACCAGCUAACCUGCAUAGCCUUUAAACCAAUGAUGAUAACAGUAGUGAUUAUAAUGGCAAAGAUGUCUCCAUCAUGUCUAAAAACCUGCUGAGAUACUGCUGACAAGAAACAUCUCCUAAGCAUUAAAUUGUCACCAUUAUUUGUCACUGAUAGAAAUUUCUUGGGUCAUGGGCGAUAUUAGCUUUGCACCACACAUAGUAAUUUGAAUUUAGACCAAAAAUGUUAAGCUGUUUAAGCUAGGCCUUGCAUGUCCACGAGACAUAUAGCUAGUACACACUCGUGCUUUCAGGCAAACUCCAGGUAUGGGCUUCCUUUUGAGGAGCUUUGUCAUUUUUUCACCAUUCCAUAGAGUCCAAGGUUGUACAGAACUCUUGAUAUUGAUGACUGAUCUAUCUUCACAAUGC